ACUCCACUUUGUCUCUCCAGCGCAAAGGGAGGCUUUAAAUGCUACAUAUAUACUGAAUUAACGCCCCGGGAUCGCACAACGGCGUGUUGCAGCAAGGACUGCCGUCCUGAUUGUGCAUGGACAUGAACACUGCUGCCCUGUUCCUGCUUUUCCUUCCUGUGGCGUUUGCAGGGUGGAAAGAAGAGGAUGCGAAGCAGAUACCAUCAUGCGACCUGCUGCAAAAUCCUUGCGAAGAGAAAGGCAUUGGGAGUAGGCAAAGAUGGUUUUACGCCCGCGACCUCGAGAGGUGCAAACAAUCCGGGGAAUGCACGCAGUAUGAGAAACAUGGUUAUUCAGCUUUGUAUUCGUGCAAAAAAGCGCACAAGCAUUGUUCAGCUCCUCGGACGACCACUCCUGCAACAACAACGACAAUCACACCCUCGACACCAGCUGUGACCGCAUGUUCCGAACCUGAGGAAAAGAAGGAAGAAAAGGAGAAGAACAAAAAGGAAGAGAAGAAGGGGAAGCGGAAGAAGGAUAAGAAGGGCAAGAACAAGAAGAAGAAACCAAAGAAAACUACGAAAAAAGAUUAAGAGGGCGCUUAAGGCCCUAACACCUCUCUGAACCAUUAAACGAGAACGUUGCUGACAUCGA